AUGGAAGCUAUUGAUGGAGAUACUGGUCAAAUUUUCUUCAUAGAUGGUCCGAGUGGGACCGGUAAGACCUUUUUAUAUCGCGCCAUACUUGCAACCAUUAAGCUUAGAGGAAAUUAUGGUCUUGCAGUAGCUAGCUCGGGUAUCGCUGCCACAUUAUUGCAUAGAGGAAAAACUGCUCAUAAAACCUUUGGAAUUCCGGUGUCGUUGCAUGCUUCAUCAACAUGGAAGUUCAGCAAACAAGAUAUUGAAGCACAAUUAGUAAAACAUGCCGCUGUUAUAAUAUGGGAUGAAGCAACAAUGACACAUCGACAUUCAUAUGAGGCAGUUGAUCGUAGUAUAAGAGAUUUAAUGGGGGUUGAUAUUCCGUUUGGUGGUAAGGUCGUAGUGUUUGGUGGAGAUUUUAGACAAAUUCUCCCUGUUGUACCAAAAGGAACAAAAGCUCAAACCAUAGAUGCAUGUUUGGUAAGGUCAACACUUUGGAGGCAUGUUCAAAUACUUCGCCUCAGCCAGAAUAUGAGAUCCAGAAAUGAUGAAGAGUUUGCAGCAUUCCUUUUAAGAGUCGGUGAUGGAUGUGAGCCUAUGGUUCAUGAAAACAUGAAAAAGUUACCACCUUCAUUGUGUGUAACAAAUGGAAAUCAGAACUCAAUUGAUAGCUUAGUUCAUGAGAUAUUCCCAAACUUAACUGAGCAUGUUGGUGAUGUGACAUAUAUGGUUGAGAGAGCCAUAAUAACUCCAACAAACAAUGAAGUUGACAUGUUGAAUGAGAAGAUACUAAAAAGGUUUGCGGGGAGAGAAAUAAUUUACUACUCCUUUGACUCUGUGCCAAAAGAUCGUCAAAAUCUCUAUCAGCAAGAGUUCUUGAAUUCAUUGUCAUUUGGCGGUUUCCCACCACAUGCUCUAAGAUUGAAAGUAGGUUCGCCGAUCAUGCUAUUGAGGAACAUUGAUACAAGUAGUGGACUAUGCAAUGGGACAAGGUUAGUAUGUUGUCAGUUAAUGGAUCAUGUGAUCGAGGCUGAAAUCUUGACUGGGCAUAACAAAGGUACACGAGUUUUUAUUCCACGUAUUCCUUUGAAAACAGCUGAAGAUGUAAAGUUACCAUUUGAAAUGAUUCGAAAACAAUUUCCUGUGAAAUUAUGCUACGCUUUGACUAUUAACAAAUCUCAAGGGUAA